AUGUCUGCUUGGAAAACCUUCCUCACACUGGCUUUGGCCGGCUCCGCGGCCGCCUGCGCGCACCACGAUAACGGCGAGGUAGUGCCCGAACAUGAGCGGGCGGAAUUACUCAAGAAGUGGGAUCAGGAGUGGACUUUCUCCGGCAUUGCCAGCUUCGCCCACCUGAAGCCGGUCAGGUGUCUUAUCGAGCCCGAUGAGAACUACGACAUUGCCAUUAUCGGUGCACCAUUUGAUACAGCCGUCAGCUACCGACCUGGUGCCCGCUUCGGACCACGCGCCAUCCGCGCCGCGAGCGCACGCCAAAUGGCCGGAACAGGCUACAACACGCGCGCCGGGAUCAACCCCUACCUAUCCUGGGCGAAGAUCACCGACUGCGGCGACAUCCCCGUGACACCGUUCGACAACGGACUAGCCGAGCGACAGAUGUACGAAGCGUUCCUCGAGCUCGGAUCCCGCAGCAUCGUGAACAAAGCACCCAAGGCGAACGGGAUCGGCGCCCAGCACCCCAAGCUCAUCACUCUAGGUGGCGACCACAGCAUUGCGCUACCUGCACUGCGGGCUCUGCACCAGAUCUACCAGAAGCCGAUCACGGUCGUGCACUUCGACGCGCACCUCGACACGUGGAAUCCGGUGCGGUACAGCGCGUACUGGCAGUCCGAGCAGACGCAGUUCAACCACGGGUCAUUUUUCCACAAGGCGAGUCGCGAGGGACUGAUUUGUAAUGCUACUUCUGCGCAUGCGGGACUGCGCACGAGGCUUACUGGUGUUGAUGCGGGGGAUUAUACGAACCCGGGGCCUGAGCAGGGAUUCAUUCGUAUUCAUGCGGAUGAUAUUGAUGAGCUUGGGCCUAUGGGGAUUGUUGAGACGAUCCUUGCGCGCACGGGCGUUGAUCCUGAGCAGCCUGUUUAUCUGUCUGUUGAUAUUGAUGUGUUGGAUCCUGGUACGGCGCCUGGAACUGGAACGCCUGAGCCUGGUGGUUGGACUACGCGGGAGUUCAUUCGAAUUCUGCGGGGUUUGGAGAAGUUGAAUAUUGUCGGUGCGGAUAUUGUGGAGGUUUCGCCGGCUUAUGAUAAUAAGGGAGAGACUACUGCCCUUGCGGCGGCGCAGGUUGCUUUUGAGAUUAUUACUAGUCUUGUUAAGUCUGGUGUUGAUGAGGAGCUUGGCGGGUGGUAUGGAUGGAUGGAGCAGGAGGAGAGAAAGAAGAAGCAGGAGGGUAAGGAUGAGCUUUGA